AUGUUUUUUUUUGCAGCUCCUGAAGGAAUCUAUCUUAUGCAGCCAUCAAACAGCACUGUAACUAUCACUGAAAAUGAUUCCAUCAGUCUAAUAUUUCUGGUGUACAUUGACUAUAAGAUUAUGCACUCCAUAAAGUUCUACAAAGUGAUGCCAAAUGGUGAGGAGACUCUUGCAGAUCCUCACGUAUUCCGUGAGAACCCAUUCCCACCAAACUAUUGUCACUUGGAACCGGAAUCAGCAUUUGGAUACAAGCCACUAGUAUUACCAAUCGUUGUUUUUCGUCCUCAUGCUAAUGAUACUGGCAACUAUAGUGCUAUCGUGACACUCAAAUCUUCUCGUAAAUACACAGCUAACAUCACACUUAACGUAGUAGAUCUAGUUUAG